CCAGUGAUGCGGCGAUAGUAGCGUCCGACGCGAUACUUCACCGCUCACAGGUCAACGAAGUCUGCAACUUUGAAAAUGUCUUAAAGCAAGUCGAUAGAUGACUAAAGCCUGUUUUGAGGUAGAAUUUAGGCGUAAUAGAAAUAGUACAGUAGAUUUAGUAUCUUCACUGUCCCCAAGACGACCAGUAUGUUGCCUUGGAAGAAGAAUAAGUUCGAGCUGAUCGAGGAAGACAAGCAGCAGUCCAAGCAGAAGGGCUAUGCCGUGAGCCUCAACUACUCCGCGCUCACCUCCUUCGCCAAAUCCUGCCCAGAAAGCGCACUCAACAGAGUCGGGAGCAUGUUCAAAUCCAAGAGGAAAAAGGUGAAGAUCACCAACGAGGACCCUACGUAUACGGUCUUGUAUCUGGGGAAUGCCACCACCAUUCAGUCCAAGGGGGACGGAUGCACGGACGUGGCCGUCAGUAAGAUUUGGGGCAAGAGCGAGAUGGGGAAGAACGGCACCAAGAUGAAGCUGACCAUCAGCUCGCAGGGCAUUCGCAUGGUCCACGUCGACGAAAAGGCGAAGAGACCCGGACAUCUCUAUUUAUUGCACAGGAUCACCUACUGCGUCGCAGACCCGCGGCUCCCCAAGGUCUUCGCCUGGAUAUACCGGCACGAGAUGAAGCACAAGGCGGUGAUGCUGCGCUGCCACGCCGUGCUGGUGUCCAAGCCGGAGAAGGCGAAGGCCAUGGCGCUGCUCCUCUACCAGACCUCAGCGACAGCACUGGCCGAGUUUAAAAGACUCAAACGAAGGGACGACGCCAGGCACCAGCAGCAGCAGUUGAUCGGGGAGCAAACGAUUCCCUUGGUGCCCUUGAGGAAGCUGCUAAACGGACAGUGUUACUAUAAACCCCCGGUGGAGCGCAGCAGGAGCGCACCGAAGCUGGGCUCCAUCACGGAGGACCUGCUCGGGGAAGAGGAAGAGGAGAAAGCCAUGCACUUUGAGUGCGAGGAUAUCCUGGACAACGACAGCGACUGUGUGUCUAACGGCAAGCAAGAACUGUGUCAGAUUAUCAACGACUUGGGCUCCAUGAGCAUAGGCAACGACGUGCAGACGCUAAAAGCCGAUCUGAGAGUGACUCGCCUGCUGUCCGGGGAGAGCACGAGCAGCGAGUCCUCCAUAGACAGCAAUCAAGAGACCGUUUCUCUGUCUAAUGGCAUUGUGGAUAGGAAAAUGCAAGAAGUCGGCUGACUAACGACGAGCAAUGACCUGCGAUGUUACACGGUAAUAAUGAAGAAGAGCGUUUGUGUGCAUCAUGAAUGUGCCACUUCACCCAUUUGACUUGAAAGCGGGCUUGUUCACGGGAUGUGUGUGAAAACCUAGUGAGCUGCCUACCUAGACAUCACGUUUGGACCAAAAGUGUAAAAAGUCCACUUAACUACCGCCUUAAGAAAAAUCAAAGUGGUGCCAAAAGUUACAACCUUCACUAUAAUGGUUUUACUGAUUAAGAGAGUUAAGUUUAAAAAGCUUGUGACAAGAUGGAAACCAUGCAAGACAUAAUGAGAAUGAGAUCAGCUAACUCAAAGUGCACCAAAAUGCUGUCUAGGUAGGCGGCUCACUAGGUUUUGAGACAAGCCAUGGAUAUGUUUGUGGACUUACAGACACUCGCACAAUAAUCCCUCAUUAGGGGUCUGGAUGGAAGUUGCUCUGCGCAAUAAGACGCUUAAAGUCUCUGUUAACCUCUCUCCGGGGAAAGAGGUUUUAGGAAAGAUCUGUUUACCUAAUAUGUUUCCCUCAAGGAAAUGUUUGUUUGUUUGAAUGAAAACACCAGUCCUGAAAUAUCUAACUCAAUCUUUAUUUCUUUCUAUGUUUCUUUCGUUCGAAAGAAGUGUCAACAAUAACGAGUUACAAGACUACUUUCCUUUCAGGAUGUUCCUUUGUUUGUUUUUUGCACUGUGGUGGAUUUCAGACAAGUAUUAUGUUAUUUAUGUGCAUAAUAUUGUUCUCAAAUGUUCUUACAAACAUGUUUUAUCUUUGCUGUGCAAAAGAGCCAAUUUCCUGAUGUACAGAGAUGUAUAUAUUAAAUACAUAACGUGUAAACAAAAUCCAUUAUUUUUUAAACAAUGUGGUUUGUUUCUGUGAACACCAAUAAAAAAAGUCAAUUGAA